AGACGAGUACACUUACUACACAAUGUGCGAGGCAGCGACUAGGGAGCGGCCGGCAGCUGGGCGCUGAAUAUCUGCUGGGUAGCAUGCUUUGACUCCAUAACUACGUACCGAGCCUUGACCUGCCUCGAUUCCUCCGCCAAUUCCUCUGAGGGACAUCGCUACUUCGUUCCGUUCUCCCUUCGCCUGCAAACCCGCAUCUCACAUCCUACGACCAUCGCUCCGACGCAAGCCCUCAAGCAAAACUAUUUUUUCUGCUGUCCCUCAUGGAUGACAGAUCUCGCGACGCACCGCCGAGCGGCCCGCCGCCGGCUUACCAAACGGUGGUCCGAAAGGUGUACGCUGGCAGCAUCCGCUUGCCAAUGCUGGUUAUCUGCAUCAUCACCGAAAUCUACCUCUGUUGGUCGGGCGGAGCGCAGAUUGGAUCUGUACGUCGCUAUGGCUUCACGGGAAUGCUCGCCACGCUCUCCAUCGUGCAAGGCUCGCUGUACGUUGGCGCUGGCAUCAUCGAAUUCAUCGGAGUCUUGGCCUGCGUGUUGGAGCGGAUUCCUCUCGCUCGCAUCUAUGCCCCGCUGAGCAUUGUGGCCCUCGUAUCUACCUGCGCCAGUCAACUCAUCGGCAUCGUAGUUCACUUCACCGAGAAACAACCGCUUCUUCAAGCGUGCACCAAUUACAACACUGGCCGCACAGAUCAAGAUUGGUACAGCGGCUGGCUGCUUUGGCCGACCUCAGGCGAUGGCAGCAGCGCCCCCAUUUCGGCGCAGCAGGCCUCCAGUUACUGCAGCAAAAGAUGGAGCGGUUCUUCAGCAGGUGAAAUUAUAGGCCUCAUUGUGACCAUCAUCGUCGGACUCAUCUUCGUCAGCUUGUCCUUCAUGUACCUGCGAGAACUGCUGGAUCCCGGCUCACUCCGCCGACAAGCAGGACUUGAAGCGGUCAUCCCGCUCAGCUCCUCAAUAAACGGACAGCAGCAAGCAUGGAACCACUACUAUCCGCAAAGUAACAAUCUUCAAGGUGAAUCGAUGUACCCUCCGCCUCAAGGGCCGCUUCCGGGAGAAUAUGGCCAUGGCUUGGGUGAGCCGCUACCGCCAAAGUACUCACGAGAGAUGGCACGGCAUAGCGUGGAUGGGCCGGAUCGCAAGAGUCUCAGUGGCCCGUUCGGAUAUGGGGCCUUUGAAUCGCACGACUCGGUCAACCGGGACACUGACGAGGGAGAGGAAGAGGGCAAGGGUGAUCAACGGCACGCAAGCAGCAGCAGGUAGACAAGGAAUCUUGGUAUCUGCGCAAUGCACGAGGAUAGGGACGCCGAGAAUGUGAGCGAACACCACGAAGUUUCAAGCCCUACAGAAAUUACACGGCCACCUAGGAUUUGGCCUCACCCAUUCAGCCUGGUGGCCUUGUCCACAAACUGUUCCACCUCUUUUCGGAUUUUAUCUUGGCGUAUAACAGCUCUUGUAAGGGUUCAUGUACUUUCUUUAAAGCUGGAGCAAGCCCCAACAUCACGGACGGCCCCGCAAGCUGUCUCAGUUUGUGGCUUUGCACAUUCCAAGAUUAUGUCGGCAGAGCUAUGCGGUCUCCUUUCCUCAUCACUGUUGCACCUUGUAGGCUUUUUACCUUCGUCGUCUAUCGAAGAGAGCUGCAAUGUGCAAUCCACAUACUGGGCCGGGUUGCUUACAUAAUCACCGGUCCGACGGUUAUCAGUCCGAUUAGAGCGAGC